CAGAUUUAACUUCAAAAAUUAUCAGAAACAGCUUUUAGUGGCGCUUAUAACCGUCAGUUUAUAUUUUAUUUCGCACAAAAAUAUUAAACUAUCGCACAAAUAUAUUUAAAGUUUUUCUUUGGGCUAAACGAGACUAAAUAAACAUUUCCCUCAGCGUUUAAUUUAAUACUGUACUUAUGUAUUUGCUUUAAAAGAGUUUUUUCUUGAAUAAACAAGUGAGAUGUCGUCUAAAGAAAAUUACACUGGCCAAGAGGCUGAAGAAUCUCUUCUGUAUUCAGCAAGACACGGCGAACUUACAGUAGUAAAGGCAUUGUUAGAAGCUAGACGAGAGGGCAAACUAACCCUGAACAUUGAUUGUAGAGGUAAAAACAAAACCAACCUAGGAUGGACCCCGCUCCAUCUCGCUACAUAUUUCCGACACAAGGAUGUGGUUGAGGUGCUAUUGGAUGCUGGGGCCAAUGUCGAUGAGGUCAACGACACAGGAGACACAGCUCUUCACAAAGCUGCUUUUAUUGGAGACCAGGAACUUGUGAUCCUGCUUUUGAAUUAUAGAGCCGAUGUCAAUAUAAUGAACGGUGAAGGUAGGACAGCGGAGGAUGUGUGCAACACUCCAGAUGUUCAGAGAUUGUUGGAGGCGGCCGGUCUGGCCGAGAGGAGGGAUAAGGAACGGAAGCUGUUGAAUGCUGCCAGGGAGGGACGGAUUGAUGACGUUCAGGAACUGCUGAGUUCCCCGAGUCCUCCCAACAUCAACUGUGUGGAUGCUCAGGGCAACACGUGUCUACACUGUGUAGCGUACAGAGGUCACGCGAGGGUCGCUGUGCUGUUACUGCAGAACGGGGUCGACACUACACUGAGGAAUAACAGAGGCCAGCUAGCAAUAGAUCUGUCUAAGGAUAACGAGAUGCGAGAGGUGCUGAGCGUGCGACCCGUCCAAAGACUGCAGCGAACAGCACAGAGACACGAGGGGCCCUUAAUGAAGAGGUCACGCUUCUUGGGCUGGAGGCCGAUAUGGGCGGUUCUUCAGCGUGGGGUGCUACUGUACUACGGUUCAAGGGCGGAGGCUGCCCGCGAAGGACGCGCGAGGGACCGGAAGUACCUCGACGGCGCCAAACUGACGACACCGGACACGGAACCAGCGCUGCUCAUGGUUCACUUCAGUGACGGAGAGAACCAUCGGCUGGCUGUUCCUCAGGGGGAUAAGAAUGAUAACGUGACUGCUUGCAGACAGUCAUGGAUAACAGCGUUGAAGGAGCACAUCGCCUAUUCCGGGCAUUACCUGUGGGCGGGCGCUGAUAACGCCCGGGAGGCCACCGAAGACUUAGAGGACGAGUGCAAGCCGCUCGGGUCGAUGCAGGACGCCCUGACGGCAGCCACCAACAGCCUGGCGCUGCUCGACACACAGCUCAGGGAGUGCGCCGCCAUAGUGGCGGCUCUCGACAAGAGCGUCAACGUGGGAAACUCAUUACACCACUCCGCGUACAUGCGUUUCCAGCACGCUUGCGGGUCGGGGCAGGCAGCGCUUGCAGCGCUUCGGCACUGCGGGGCGCUUGUGGCGCAGCAACAGGACCGGGACAAGAGAGCUCUCGCGCAACAGAUUGAGAGGAACCGUGUGUUGGAGGAGUCGCUGGCCGCGCUCGCCCGCACACACCACGCGCUGGAGAUGUCCGUCGCUGAAGAACUCACUAAGAGCAAACGAAAGAAAAAAAUCUCGCAAUCGACGAACGAAUCUAAAGAGAACUUCUACGACGUGUAUGACGACGAUUCCGACGACGACACGCUCAUAACGGCGGGGCUGUCGAGUCCGCUGGGCGCGCUCAGUCCCUGGGGCAGUCCGGACCUCACGAGGAGGUCGCCGCUCGGCAGCCCCGACGGAGACGGUGACAGGACUCCCACCAACGAGGAGGUGCUGGACGGCGGCUCCCUGUCGCCCCCCUCCUCGCGCUCCUCGGGCUCGCUCUACACGGCGGUGAGCCCGGCCAGCUCGCGGGGCACGCUGGUGUCUCAGGGGGGACACGUGUACAGGAACGCCCGCCCCUACAGGAGGACCAACACGCCCAGUUCUAAGUGGUCGCUUUAAUCUGUUCCCCUGGUCCUCGUCGGCUGCGGCAGACGCUGUCUCAUAUUAAUUUUAUUAAUAAAUAUCUACAUAAGUAACGUUGUUCGUGUGACGAGUCGGUCUGAUGUAUAUUCAAUUUAUUGCACGCACCUGAUAACAACGAUCAAAGACUUGAAUGAUUUUAUUUUCAUAUCUCUUAUACAAAUAGAAAUCUUUAAUGUUGCCAUAUACAAAAAAUUUAUAUAUAAAGACGAACUAUUUAAAAUGUUUAAAAACAUCAAUUGUUUGAAAUAUAAUAUAUUUAUGCUACAACGUACAUUAUUACACAAGGCAACGAGUGAGCAAUAUAUACAUUCACCUUUAGCGCCGACACAAUAUUCGCUCAACGUUUCAUGUAGAAUUAUGAAUAUUGCAGAACGAGAGGUAAUUAUGACGCAGGUGUGUACUCAGCCUAACAAAACCAUACAUAGGAUAAGUUUUUAAAUUUAUUUCCAACUAUCGAAAUACAUUUUAACAGAAAUGUAUGCGAUGGAGAAUAUUUAUAUAUCUUGCAUUAGAAGAUUGUGAGCCCAAACACGCGCCGUUUGGGCCGCGGAUGUCUGAUACAACCACAGCACUCGUGUCAGCGGUCCUCGUAGUGUUACCUGUAUGAAAUAUCUAUCAGAAUUAUUCCAUGAAAUAAUCUCGCGAUUCCUUCAAAUGCAAUUUCAGCUCAAAUAAUAUUUAUGUUUACUUUUUACUAAGAUUCGAAUAAAAUUAAUGAAUAUUUAAAUUUAAAUUAAUAUAUGAAAUUAUUGAUAUUGAAUUAAUUAUUGUAUAGAAUUUAAAACGCAUCAGUUUGCAACUAAAUCCAUUCCUGGUAAUUUAUUUAUUGUGUAUACAGUGUGGAUAUAUUAAAAGACGAUUUUUUUUUCUUACUGGCAACUUUAAACUUUCGUCUUUUUGAAUGAAAAAAAAAUAUAAGUCAACCGAUUUAAUUUAGUUACUGUAAUUAAAUCGUUUCAUUACGUACAAAAUGUCAAACGUUGUGAUAUAAUCUGUAUGUGAUAUAUAAGUUUGUGAUGUAUUAUUAUUUUUGACACUUUAGUUUUAUAUUAAAAAGUUUAUUUUA